AUGGCAGAAGGAGAAGGAACCGAUGCAAAGAUUGCGUCGUUGGCCCAACAAAUGGAGAAAAUGACGCUGAUGAUGGCAAAGUUGGUGGAGGAUCUUGCAAGCAAACCGCAAGAUGAGAUUCCUGAAGAUUCCAUAAGGAAGACCUCAAGAACUAAAACAUCAAAAGUUAAGAAAAAGGUGCAAUUUAGUGAAGAGGAAGAUUUCGAUAAGGAAGAGGAGUCUGCAGAGCAGUUUGGUGCAGAUCAAAGCCAAGAGAAGGAAUCAGAUGCUGAUAAAGCUAGUAAGUCCAAAACUUCUAUGAAUGGUCUUAAAAUUGAUGUUAAGAUUGAUAUUCCAGCGUAUGAUGGUGAGAUCAAUGCCGAGAAGUUGGAUAAUUGGAUUGACCAGUUAGAAACUUAUUAUACUAUUUAUGAGUAUAAUAACCGUCAAAGGAUCAACUUUGCAAUGUUAAAGUUGACCAACCAUGCUUUGACAUGGUGGAAGGCUUAUAACAAACGUUAUAGUAUAACGACUAUGACGGGGAAAAAGUUUAAGCGAGCCAUAAGAAAGCAGUUUUACCCUGUUGGCUUCGAAGAGGAUAGAUGGUUCAAGUGGCAGCAUUUGAGGCAGAGUUUUAGACAGUCGCAUUGCAACAAACCAGGUCAUAGUAAAGAAACAUGUUACAUUCUUCAUCCCGAGCUUAGGGAGAAAGAAAAAGAGAAAAGAAGUAACCGAAAAGAUCUUAAAAGAGCAUUGAAUGCUAACAAGACUGUGGAGAUUCCAAAAAUGAUGCAACUCGACACGAAGUUGACUCUCAUGACCCAGAAGCUUGUUCCUCUGGAAGGUAGUGAAGACUUGUUUAAUGUUCGUAUACAAGUAAAGCACGAUUUGAUAGACACUAUAAUUGAUCCGGGAAGCCAAAAGAAUCUCAUUUCAGAGGUAUUAGUCCGGAAGUUGCAGUUAACAACCACUCCUCAUCCUAACCCAUACCCGUUGGGAUGGAUACAGAAAGAUGUUGAGUCACAAAUUACUCAACAAUGUACUUUCAAGUUUGCAAUUACUAGAGAAUACAUUGACGAAGUGACUUGUGAGGUAGUACCAUUGGAUGUAUACCAAGUAAUUUUUGGUAGUCCACACUUGUGGGAUCGUGAUGCAGUGUUCUAUCGACGACAUCAAAAGUAUAGAUUUCUGAAGGAUGGAGUAGAGUACUUCAUUCAUGCCAGCAAAGUUUCCUUGAGUAAUAGUUUGAUUAGUGCUAAUCAAGCUAAAAGGAUGGUGAAUGCUUGUGGGAAGUUCGUCUUAUUGGUGAAACUUGAUAUGGAGGAGUUACAAUUGGAAUUCUCAGACUUGUUUGAGAAUGUUGAAGUGCAGAAGAGCGAAGAAAAAAAGAGACAAGUCAAAGAGCUCCUAGAGCAAGGAGUAUUGAAGCCAAGCUGCUCACCUUAUGGAUCCCCAGUAUUGUUGGUCCCAAAGAAAGAUGGCAGUUGGCUCAGCUCGAUGGUUCACCAAACUAGAUUUGAAGUCUGGUUAUCAUCAAGUCAGAAUCAAAGAAUAAGAUACAUGGAAAACUACAUUCAAAACCAAACAGGGCCUCUUCGAGUGGCUAGUGAUGCCGUUUGGUUUAUGCAAUGCUCCGGCAACAUUUAUGCGUCUCAUGAAUGA